UAAAGAGGUGCGCCGACCAGACGGCAAAGACUUUCUCCGUUCAAGAAUCAGCGAGAUGAAGAGCAGCGCCAACCCGGCACCAUGCGCUCCAGGCUCCCACGGACCGCCUGCUUAUUGCGACUCAUUGCGCUCUGCAUCCUUCUUUCGCACACUGCAGCUUAUUUUGGGCUGACAGGUCGGGAACCCUUGGUGUUUUUACCAGGCCCUUUUUCCAAUGAGCCUCCAAACGGUAAGGCCCACCUGAAGCAGUGCGAGCAAAUGACUCUGACCAGGCGGCAGAAGAGACUUUGUCGCAGGGAGCCUGGUUUAGCCGAGACGCUGCGGGAAUCUGUGCGCCUCAGCCUCUUGGAGUGUCGGUACCAGUUCAGGAAUGAGCGCUGGAACUGCAGUCUGGAUGGCAGAGGGAGCCUACUGAAAAGAGCGUUCAAGGAGACCGCAUUUCUGCUAGCAGUAUCUUCUGCAGCGCUGACCCAUGCACUUGCCAAAGCUUGCAGCUCAGGCCGAAUGGAGAGGUGCACUUGCGACGAUUCCCCCGGCAUCCAGCACCGAGAAGCCUGGCAGUGGGGGGUUUGCGGUGACAACCUGAAAUAUAGCACCAAGUUUCUCAAAAAGUUCCUCGGCCAGAAGAGAGUGAGCAAGGACCUGAGGGCUCAGGUUGACGCCCACAACAUUAACGUUGGAAUUCGGGCAGUGAAGAGUGGGCUGAAAACCACCUGCAAGUGUCACGGUGUCUCUGGUUCAUGUGCGGUACGGACUUGCUGGAAGCAGUUGUCGCCCUUCCACGACACCGGACGGCUGCUUAAAUACAGAUAUGACACGGCAGUGCGAGUCCUGAGCGUCACCAACGCGGCCACAGGGGAGUCUGAGCUGGCCGGGCCUCGACGCCACGGCCAAAGCCUCCGCACUACUGACCUGGUCUACCUGGAAGACUCCCCCAGCUUCUGCAGGCCUUCCCGCUACUCUGCAGGCACCGGCGGCCGCUCCUGCGCUAAAGAUACCAGCUGUCAAAACCUGUGCUGUGGACGCGGUUACAACACGGCCAUGCGUCUCACCAGCCUCUCCUGCCACUGCCAGGUCCGCUGGUGUUGCCAUGUGGAGUGUCAGACGUGUGUCAGGGAGGAGGAAGUAUACACCUGCAAAAACGCAUAAGCAGAGGACAGAAAAAUAUAGACUUCCAUAUUAGAAAGAAUGAUCCCUAUAUCAGAGGAGCGAAAAAAUAACUGAACUCUUACAUCGUAUUGACUAUACUAUGAGGAUCUCUCACCAGAAUCUUUACAAAUCUCUAUUCUGAGGUUCAUGUAAUUUUGGGA